AGAGGGAUGGGCAAAAGUUAGAGAAGAUGGACGCAAGAAUAAGGAUGAUAGUAGGGGUGAAGAAGUGGAUAAUCUUGUUGCGCUGGAAUCUGCUGCGCAAGCUGCAGGUAAAGGAAUAUGGGGAGAUAAAGACAAGUAUUCUCGCAAUGUCAAUUAUAUCUUACAAGAGGAUGCUCGAACGUAUUUGAACAAAUAUAAAGGUUUAAAAAUUGAUGGCAUUAUUGAACAAGUACGAGAUGGGUCUAGUCUUCGCGUCUUAUUAAUUCCUCCAACACCUGCGCCCCAACAAUAUUUAAAUAUAAACAUAUCCGGGAUAAAAGCCCCUACUGUACGGAAGGACAUUCCAGAUGUAGAAGAUCUCGUGGAACCUUAUGGUGAAGAGGCGAAAUAUUUCGUUGAAUCAAGAUUGUUACAAAGGAAUGUAAAGGUGAUACUAGAGGGGCUGUCUGGAAACAACCAAGCCUUCUAUGCAACCAUUUUACAUCCUGCAGGAAAUAUUGCAGAAUCUCUUGUAGCUGUAGGGUUGGGCAAAGUUGCAGAUUGGAGUAUUACCGUAGUUACAGAUGGUCCAAUUAAAUUGCGCGAAGCCGAAAAGAAAGCCAAAGAAAAGAGACUACGUCUUUGGCAAGACCACGUUGUCAGAAGUAAAGCUGGAGGCGACGAUCAUGAGUUUGAAGGCACUGUCACACGUAUAGUCUCUGGUGACACUCUUCAUGUAAGAGUAAAUCGCACUGGAGUUGAAAAAAAAUUACAAUUAUCUAGCAUUCGACAGCCAAAACCCAAAGAUCCCAAGUUUCCAGAAUAUAAUUUUGAAGCUAAAGAAUUCUUAAGAAAGAAAUUAAUUGGUAAAGCUGUCAAAGUAAUUAUUGACUAUCAAAAGCCCGCUUCUGAUGGAUAUGAAGCAAAGGAAUGUGCCACGAUUAAACUUGGGGAGUUUAAUCCAGCGGAGGCGCUUGUCGAACGAGGGUUGGCACAAAUUAUUCGACACAAAAAGGAUGACGAAGAUCGCUCUAGUUGUUAUGACCAACUUUUAAUGGCUGACCAAAAUGAUGCUUCAGAGUCUUCAGCGAGAGCUCGUCAAUUUUUACAUUCUUUGCAACGAUAUGGUCGCGUUCCCGGUGUUGUUGACUUUGUAAACAACGGAUCAAGAUUUAAGAUUUAUAUCACUAAAGAAAGUUAUAAACUAACGUUUGUACUUAGUGGCAUACGCUGUCCUCGACCUGGUCGUACUCCUGCAGAUAAAUCUGAGCCAUUUUCUGUUGAAGCACUUGAAUUUGCGACACGUAAAGUAUUACAACGCGAUGUUGAGAUAGAGGUGGAAAAUGUUGAUAAAGUAGGCGGAUUUAUAGGUUCAUUGUGGUUAAAUAAGACAGAAAAUUUUGCAAUAUUGCUACUUCAAGAGGGUCUUGCAACUAUUCAUUCGUUCAGUGCUGAUCAAAGCCCCUACUCUAGAGAACUAUAUGCUGCUGAGCAAAUUGCCAAAGACGAGAAAAAAAAUAUUUGGGCAUUACAAGAUUCGAGUAUUAUAAGUGAAAUAGAUGUCGCAGUAACUGCCGAUGAAACUGAACCCCGCAAAGAAUAUGUGGAUGUUGUAGUUUCAGAAAUCAUUUCAGGAGGGCAUUUUUAUGUUCAAGUUGUCAACGAUAGCAACAUUCGUAGUUUGGAAAAGAUGAUGUAUCGUGCUAGAAUAAGAAAGAAUAUUCCAGAAAAAGAGAGCGUAGAAGUUGUAUACAUUGAUUAUGGAAACUCAGAAACUAUUCCGUUAUCCCGAAUUCGAUCGAUUCCUGAUAAUUUUAAGCAAUUACCUCCACAUGCGUACGAGGCAGUGCUCUCUUUUUUAAAAGUACCAGACCGCGAGGCUGACUAUGGUGGCGAAGCCUACGAAAGACUACGAGACUUUGUUGGUUCCAAACAGCUUGUUGCAAAUAUCGAUCAUCGAGAUAAUAAUAUACUCCAUCUUACUUUAUAUGAUCCAGCACAAUCCGAAUCGUCUGAUGCGUCAAUCAAUGCUGAAAUGGUUCGUGAUGGAUUAGCAUUGGUAAAUAAUAAAUUGGGAUAUAUUAAAAAAUAUCUGAAUGUGGUUAAGAAGUUGCUUGAGGUACAGGAACAGGCGAAAAAGGAUAGGGUAGGAAUGUUCGAAUAUGGUGACGUUACUGCUGAUGAUGACGAAAGAGAUUAUUAA